CACUCAUACGUCACACAAUAAAGAGGUUGUGAUCAGAUCGAAACCAUUGUAACCUUCAAAGGAAAGCGCAUGGCAACGAUCUUAACAAGUAGACUACAUGAUUGACUUUGGUGUUUUACUUCGUAUUUAAGUUGACAAAGGGCAUUUGACCGACCAAACUUAAAGGGCGUGGCAUCAGCCUACCUGGGGAGUGUACAAUUUCACUUCCUGUAUCUCCCAGGUUGAGUCACUCACCUGGCUGUGGCAGGAUUGACUCACGCAAUUCAAUUCAUAAAGACAUCAAAGGGUUCCUUAUAUUGAAGGUUGAGGACUGCUAGACCAACAUCGAAGGACUAUAUUCUUUGCCCGAUCCAAUUGGACCUUUUUCUUUGAUACAACAAUGACUGUACCACAGGCAGCACUUCACGCAGGGCCGAUAUGUCUCCUUCUAUUGAUGUUCACAUUCUUGGCGGACGGACAAAACUUCGGGGAGCAAUGUUUGGCGAAAUACAAACAAGGUCGCGUCAACUUCAUCCUGGACGCCGACGGCUCCGUGAAGGACGGGGCGACGUUCCUCUCUUCGCCGAAGGUCGGGCGCUACAAGGAUUGCGUCCUCUCCUGCUGUAAGGACUCCAAGUGCAACGUCGCCUUCAUGGAGCGUGGAGCCGAGGACGGCCUGAUCAACUCGUGCUUUCUGUUCGACUGUUUGUACAAUAUGAAGUACGUCUGUCGCUUUGUCGGGAAGGCCGGCUACUUCAACUACUUUCUGAACUCGGUGUACGAGAGCGACCUGGCUGUGGAAAGCAACCCUAGCCUAGAAGAUAAUCCACCGGUGGCCAACGGGGGCUCCGCCCGAGUGGUGCAGCCCCAGGAUGGGGUGACGUUGAACGGCAUCGAGAGCCACGACGAUAACGGCAUCGAGACCUUCCAAUGGCAGUUGGUGACGGGGAACCCCUAUGCUGUCAUAGAGAAAACACCCUACAAAGACGCGAUUUCGGUGAGCAACCUGACGUCUGGGAUUUACAAGUUCCGGCUCACGGUCGUAGACACUAUCGGGCAGUCAGACUCCACCAUUGUCACCGUGCUGGUCCUCAACCCCGAGCAAUCCAAGGACCACUGUAUGUCACCGGUUAAGGUGGGGCCGUGCCGUGGCCAUUUCCCCCGCUGGCAAUAUAACGGUGCCUCUCAGAGAUGUGAAGAGUUCAUCUACGGUGGCUGCAGAGGGAACCUCAACAACUACCUCACCCGCGACGAGUGCACCAACGCGUGUGAGGGCUCAGAUGGCGGUUCAAAAGCCUCCAGAGGUUUACCAAUUCCAUCAUCAUUACCAAAAGGAGAGAAAUGUGGGGUCCCAUGUUCUGAGGACGAGUUCACCUGUGCCAACGGCUGCUGUCUGGAGGCGGGCCUGGACUGUGACAAGGAAGAACAGUGCAGCGACGGUUCAGACGAGAAGAACUGCGAGAACUUGAAAGACAAAUUUGAGACGCUUCUGCAGAUCCCAGUCGACGAGAAGAAAGCUCGCUGCACCGAGUCCCCAGUGACGGGCGACUGCAGAAACAGCUUCACCAGGUGGUACUACAACCCUGUGAUGCGCAGCUGCGCCGCCUUCAACUACGGAGGCUGCCGCGGAAACGAAAACCGAUUUUUGUCCAAAGAGGAAUGUAUGAAAAUGUGCGAAGGAGUGACAGAAGCUGACGUUUUUGCCAGAAGAGACCCACUUCACGGUGGCAUCGGAGAGGCCCACACAGGGGUCUUGGCCAUCGCCGUCCUACUGGGCAUCGCCAUCCUCGCCCUGCUGGUAGUGCUGGGCUACUGCUUCUGGAAGGGCAAGAAGAAGACGGUCAAGCACCAGCGAGUGGCCAAUGGCACCCAGGCGCUCCCCUUGGUAGACACGGACACGCUGGUGUACAACAGCACAACCAAGCCCAUCUGAUCCAACCUCCUCCCUCGGCCCCGUAAUCAGAGCAUGCGUUGGGCAACCAUAAGCUACAUCAGGCGGGGGAGGGCGCGGCGGGGGAACCACAUUGAACUUUUAUUUUUUUAACGGUGCGUUGGAAUUUUUUUAAGGGCGGUGCCGAUGGCAUCAGCCUUCUUGUACAGUUUAAACCCUGAUGUAACACACACACACACACACACACACACACACACACACACACACACACACACACACACACACACACACACACACACACACACACACACACACACACACACACACACACACACACACACACACACACACACACACACACCCCUUACCCUUUUGAAGCGAGCAUUUUUCAAUGUGUUUGGUUUUUUGUUGCUGCGACAUGAGCGUUGUUUCUGCGGUAGUUGUUCAGCUAUGUACUCGGGAUAAUUGGGAUAUCGGACAGGGAUGUUAUUUGUCUUAAAAUGGCUUAACACUGUGUUGUCUGUUAAUCUUCUGAUUAGUUUGUCAAUUUUCUUCAGUGUUUUUAUCAAGUUAAAGGACUUUGGAGCCCAUUGAGCUCAGAACUUCAGGAGAGAAUCAAAUUUAUACUCGUAUAUCUUUUUUAGAGUGGGUAGUGCAUAUUCGAAGUCAUAACAUCAGAUCACAAGCGAAGUGGCGUGAAACUCGUUUGGGUACUAAAUGUUCCGACAUUACUGAAUUCUUGCUUUGACAGUUAUGCCACCCUUUUACAGCACAUCUCCUCAAAAGAUCACAGGAAGGAGUACAAGUUCUUUGGUUUGGGAAUAUUCACAGUUUUGUGUAAAGUGUAAAUACCGACAUCCAUUGGUCUUUGUUAACUUAAUGAAAUCCCAGCCACUUCAAAGUUUGUGAUUACUUGUUUUAGUUUUUAUUUCAUGAACUAUAUUCAAUGUGAUGUUUGCAUUGUGAUGAAAAAAUAAUUAUUUUUGAAAGUAGGCUUACAUUUGUAUGUAAAAUGUGGCUUUGAAACCAUACACGUUUGUUAAUACAUUAUUGACCAACCUUUAUUUGUGAAACAGUCUCACCAUUCACUUUAAGUUAGCUUUGUAUAUAUUGCAUAGUUUUUAUAUCUGUUUAAGAUGUAUGCAAUGAGUUCUAUGCUGAAUAAAAAGUAAAUUCAAAAAGUCA